CAUUCAUACAAUCACUUCAUUUGAUCCCAAGAUAUGGCACAACAAAUGAAACACAAGAAGACAUCACUCGAGACCACAGUUGACGGCAAUGAAGACAACAUUCAACAGCCCCAAAUCUAUGCCAAAGACUCUUUGGAUCGUUUCGGUGAUGAUAUGUUUUCAAUCAUCUUAUCUUAUCUCACAAUUGAAGACAAUUUUGGCUACGAAUGUGUGUCUAAACAGUUCCAGAGGACAGUCUUUGACGGUGUUGUGGACAUCACUCUUAACAACCGAUUUAUUCGUAAAAUAUCAAAAACGAUAUCAAUUGACACACAAUUGUUGGCCACAAUUGCUAUAAAACUUUCAAACAUUGAGACCAUUGACUGUCGAGGAAUAACCACUGCAUACGAAGAACACAUUCCCGAACUGUUAAACACAUUUCGGAAUAAUUGUCGGCUUUUAAGAGAAAUAUACAGCGAUUCGCCGCAAGUAAUCCAAUGGAUCCGACCUCUCGUUACACGUAUAACGUCUAUAAACCCACUCUCGAUGUUUCCAGGCAUCAAACAAUCGCUCAUUCAUUGCCACCGAUUGUCACAAUUAAGGGUUAAGUAUUUGUCGCAUGUCUUCGACACCACUUCCGGACAACUAUUGGCAAAAAACUUACAUCAAUUUGAAUUCAGUUACAAUAAUAACGAUAAUAACGGACUGUUGGCUGUGUUUGUGACACAGAAUCUGUCCCUCAAAAGUCUUGUCGCCCGCGAUAUCAACGCCACUAAAGACAUACUCAUUGAACUCUCACAACAAUUGCGACAACUCAUUGCCUGA